UCCGGUCGUGCCCCCAGGAAGCUUGUGAUGACCUCACAUACAUGGCGGACUGCUUUUGAAAUUUGCAGGAAAAACAAUCAUCUGAUAACACAAGUAGAGACAGUUCUAGAGACGUGACAUGGCAGAGAUGGAGGAAGACAUUGGAGAUGUGCCAGCCGGAGAGGAUGACAACGACUCGGACAGAGAUGAAGAUGAGAGACUGUUUGCUUGGAUGGUGAAUGACGGCAUGGAUGAGGACGAGGAAGAUGAUGAUGAUGAUGAGGAGGAAGAGGAGGUGGAGGAUCAGCCCCUCGUGGACACUGAAGCGUCUGAAUCGUUUGAGUUGGAUACUCCGGCUGAGCGCAGCGGUCACAUAGCAGUGGUUGAUAGAAACAUCAUAUAUGUUUGGGGUGGAUACAAGAAUGCUCAAAACCACGGCUUCUUCGACUUGUAUCUGCCGAGAAAUGAGAUCUGGACGUACAACAUGGAGUCAGGAGUAUGGACGAAGCAUGUGGCCGGAGGAAACCUGCACACAUCGAUGUCGGGCAGCUGUGGGGUGUGUGUUGAUGGAGUCCUCUACUUAUUUGGAGGUCAUCACGCCAGGGGAAACACAAACAGGAUCUACCGCCUGCCCCUGAGAGCUCCCAGCCUUGUUUGGGAGGAAAUGAGGGACCUUAAAGGACUCCCUCCGUCCUGCAAGGACAAGCUCGGCUGCUGGGUUCAGAAGAACAGACUUAUAUUCUUCGGGGGAUACGGCUAUGCUGCUCAAGGAUGUCAUCAAGGGACUUUUGAAUAUGAUGAAUCAUCUUCACUUGUGUGGGACAGCCCUGGACGAGGCUGGAACAACCACAUCCACAUCCUGGACCUGGAGACCUCCACCUGGAGCCAGCCCAACACCAGGGGGAACACCCCAUCACCCCGAGCAGCUCAUGCUUGUGCCACAGUGGGUAACAGAGGUUAUGUGUUUGGGGGACGAUACAAGAGCUACAGACUAAAUGACCUGUACUACAUAGACCUGGACACAUGGGAGUGGCAUGAAAUGAGCGUUCCCCAGCAGGGCCCCGUGGGACGGUCCUGGCACUCCUUCACCCCUGUGUCACCAGACCACAUCUUCUUAUUUGGAGGAUUCACCACGGAAAGAGAAACGUUGAGUGAUGCUUGGCUGUACUAUGUGAGCAAGAAUGAAUGGAAGCCUUUCAAACACAGUCACACAGAGAGCCCCAGGCUCUGGCACACAGCGUGCUCCGGUCCAGAUGGAGAGGUGUUUGUGUUCGGAGGAUGUGCCAACAACCUGUUGUCUCAUCACAGAGCUGCUCACAGCAACGAGUUACUGGUUUUCAAUGUUCAGCCCAAGUCCCUAGUUCGUUUCUGUAUAGAGACUGUUCUGCAGCACAGGGAGCGCUUGUCGAGUUACUGGGACUGUUUGCCUAAACACCUCCUGCACAGCCUCAAACAGAGGAUGGCACGCGUCAACACACUGGGCUCCUAAGAGGAAGCUGUCAAUCAUGUCCGGAGGAUUACAGGAGAACGUGUAUGAAUGAAUGAAUGAAUGAGUGUUACUCUCAAAGCAGGUAGUCCCAUUCGAGCAUUAGUUUAAUGUGUGUGGACACAUUAAAAAAAAAAAAAAUCUCAAAGCAAUAGCGAACAGCUGUGUAACUGCUGUCUGGCACGCAAAAGGUUCACAUCUUGACCAUCCUCGAAGCUGUUUAUUACCGUUUCUGUUCUUGUCUUUGAGGUGGAACUCCUGCAAAGCCAGUAGAACCUUCAGUGGAGUAGCAGUGCAGCUGCUGCACAGCAUAUGAGAGGGCAGAAGUCCUGCAAUACUUUUUUUGUUCCAUUUCUUUUGCUAAGCAUCAUUUUCCAGGGAGGCUUCUUUUUAUUAAUAAUUCUGAAAAGCUAAAGUAGCCUGGGUUUUUAUUUCCAUGUUCUAAGAUAAAUGGAUUGCUACUUCUGUGCGGGAUUAGAACACUUAAUUUGCAGGCAUCCAAUGACUGCAAGUACAGUGGAAAUUUAAAAGUGCUUCUGUGUUUAAAGACUCAAGGGAAAUUGUGUUGUUUAAUAUUUACAAAAAUGUUGUUAAAACAAGAUGGAUAGCUCAGAAUAUGGACAGAAAAGACCCACUUUUCAGUUGAGUUUUUUCAGGAAGACCACUUAAAAAAAAAACCCUGUGAGGAAAAACCUUGUGUUAUUGAGGCUAGUGGAGAAACUUCCAUAAACUCCCUUUAUAUAACAGGCUCCUGAUCCUUUAAAACAAACACACAUGCCACCUGUUGAAAUUGUGGUUUUCACUGGUCUUUCACUCGCCAGCUUAAAUUAUGAGUUUAAUGUCUUAACACUAAAUAAAUGGAGCAAGUUUGCUUUAACAGUGCAGAUAUUUUUUUUUUCUUUUCACAUCUUUAAUACAGAUGUUUGCAAAUCUUGAAUAGUUUGUUCUCACAGACCUAAAACUAGUGCUUUGUUACGCCAGACUAUCUCCUCUGAAGCUACAGAAAUGUGCAUUUUUAUUUAUAUAUAUAUAUUAAAAUAUAUAUAUAUAUAGUUAUUUAUAUAUAUUUGUGAGGAAAUGUGUGGGUUCUUUAUUCUGAAAAAGGCUUUUAAAGCUUUUUUUCAGUUGUCAUGAGUGGCUCCUGUAGCAUUUUAAUUUAAUUAAUCAAUAACUUCAAAUCGUGCGAGUGUACUGGAUGUUGAGCCACGUUGCACUGAAAUGCCUAAUGUUAGUCGGGCUUUGUUUGUAUUUGCCUGGUUUGCACAAUGUUCCCUUGGUGUUUUUUAUUGUAGAAAACUAUGUAAACUGUUAAUUCAUACUCAAAAGAAUAAACGCAUACCAUGCAUUGA